GUAACACAAACGGUUUGUUACGAGAAAAUCGACCGUCGUUGUUGGAAUGCACUAAUGCCUAGGUUAAAUUUCUGUGUGGGCUUACCAUUCCAAACUGCUUUUAAACGUAUAUGCCACCAACGAGAAUAUUAUGAUGGAGGAUGUACAAGGACAUAAAAGGGAGCGCGGAGAAAAAGUCCAUCGAAAAAAGAAGAAUCGAGAUUAUGAGGUUACUGAUCAAACUUCUAGUCGCUUCCUCAAUCAUUUUUCGGACAACAGAUAUGAAAAUGAUAACCAAGAUAACGGCUGUCAUGACGCCGAGACCACUGAAGGUUAUGCUGACUUUAAUGCUACCAGAAGACCUUACUCUUCAAGUCGAGUUGUUUAUAGGGAUAGUGUAGAAAAGACAUACCUAAACGAAAAAGCAGAACGACAUAGGUCGAAGAAAAAAACACAGAGACAUGAAAAUGUGUCGAAUAUAGCUGGUGUGGGACACAAAUAUUCUGUCGAUCAAUAUCAAGAAAGUAUCCAUAGUUAUGUCAGUGACAAUGAAAAUCAGUACAGAAGUCGCGCAGGUUCUCGAAUUUCUCAAAAUCAAGUACCAUAUCAUCAAGAUGAGGAAAGUGGAGUGUCUGGUUCUAUUCGUUAUGAUGGCUCAGUACCACCUUCUCCUCUUUCAGGCAGCAUUCCCAUUUCUAAUGGUCGUUCUGAGGAACGUCGAGAAUCUUCCAUGGGUUUACCCACUAAUCUACACUCUGAAUCCUAUUCAAGUUACGAACAAGGCAUGUUAGAUGAUGGACAUUCCAAUGCAUUUGUUGGGAGUGGACGGGGAUUUUGGAAUCCUGAAUUCGGACAAGGCCAGCAUGAACUCGUACCUCACCAAAAUCUACCUGAGGUUUCGCCAACGAAAAACGUAUUAUCAAAGUUAUUCGCUUCUUUUAGGCGACGCAAGCCGAAAGCUCAUGUGUCACAAAAUACCAAGCCGUCUGAUAGUUCUACAUCAGUUUGCGUUAUUAUGCUUGAUGGUGAGGAGCUUGUUUUCCAUUUGAGUCGUGAUGAUAUUGGUCAAGUUCUUUUCGAUCAGGUGUGUCAGAACUUAGAUCUUUAUGAAGCCGACUACUUUGGACUGACGUUCGUCAGUAACAAAAUACGUACAUGGUUUUGGCUGGAUUUACAAACCAAGAUUGGAAAACAGUUGCGAGAUAACGAGCAACGAUUAUUUUAUUUUCAAGUUAAAUUUUACCCUCCUGAGCCAUCCUUGUUGCAAGAAGAGUUGACACGCUAUCAGCUUACUUUACAAAUUCGACAAGAUAUUUACACUGGGAAACUUCCUUGUUCGUGGGUUACACAAGCAUUAUUAGGUUCAUUUAUGGUACAGGCAGAAUUAGGCGAUUUCGAUCCGGAUAAACAUAUUGGGUUAGAUUAUUUAAAUGAAUUUGAAUUUGUACCAUCACCUACACCCCAAUUGUUGAAGAAAAUUGUAGAAUUGCAUAAAACCCAUACUGGUAUGAAACCGAAUGAAGCUGAUAUUAAAUAUUUAGAGACUGCUAAACGGUUGGAACUAUACGGUGUUGAUUUACACCCAGCUAAAGAUACGGAAAAUGUUGAUAUUUAUAUUGGUGUUGGUUUUCAUGGUGUAGUUAUUUAUCGUGACCGACUGCGUAUUGGUAGAUUUGCAUGGCCUAAAGUUCUACGUAUAUCGUAUAAAAAAAAUAAUUUCUAUUUAAAGAUCCGACCUGAUUAUUCAGAACCUGUUGAAGCUAUUGUAGGCUUUCGUUUGUUAAAUCCACAUUUAGCUAAUCGACUGUGGAAAGCUGCCGUCGAACAUCAUGCAUUUUUUCGACUGAAAGAAACGCCAGCACCUAAAAGACCUUUAUCAACACCUAGUUUAAGUAAAUCACAAUUUCGUUAUACAGGACGAACAUUCUUCCAAUAUCGUACAACGAAUAUUGAUAGGCCACAUCCACGGUUUAAUCGUUCAAUGUUGAAGCGACGUACGGCAAGUAUGCCUACUGGUUUAAAUGCAGCUAUGAAUAUGCAUACAUUAAACAGAGCACAUCCACGUGAUAUGACUGUAGGCAAAAUUCAAAAUAAUAAUGAUCAGUUACAAGGAUUACGAAGAUUUGGUUCUGUUCAAAUGGCUAGUGGAGUAAAUGGGAAUAGUGGUGCAACGCAAUUAUACGGAACUGUUCCACGACAUCAUCCAUAUUCUGAGUCUGUUGUGUCUGAAGUACAAGAUGUACAGUCUCAAAUGAGUAAACAAUAUAGUGAUGGUAUUUCAAAUAUUUUAUCAUAUGGGUCUGUAAACGAAAAUUAUGAUAAUGAAGCUCCUUAUAAUGAUUAUGUAAAUUAUCGACACUCUGGAAAAGGUAAACCAGACGAAAUGUCUGUUACAGGUGGAUCUCAAUCAAGUGAUUAUCCUAUUAUUCAACAUGGUCAAAACGAUCGUAAAGGUAGACAUCCUUCUGAGAUAUCAAAUUCCAUAAAUGAUCGUAGACCGAAUUCUCCUAUAUAUGCAAAUACUAAAACGCAUCGUCGUAAGAAGCAUCAUGAUGAAUCAUCAACGAAUACUGUCCAACAAAAAGAUAAUUACACUUAUGAUCCGAAUACGAGAAUAAGCAAUUUGUCAUCUAGUCAUAGGCCUCCUGUAGGUGGUGUGCCAGUAUUCGGAGGUGUAAUGCUUCCUAAUAAUCACCAUAAUCAGGAAGUAGAAAGAUUGAAACGAUCUGAUCAACUGCGCCCUUUGAAUUCCCCUCAUUUUAAGAAGAAACAACAAUAUCAUUCUGAAGAGAAUGAUGAUGAACAAACUGUAACGCUCACUGAAGAUAAGGCUGAUCAUAAUCAAUACAAAUCCAGUUCUAAACAUCGAAAACAAUUACAAACCGAUCAUUACAGUGCAGUAUCUAAUCAUAAUAGACCUAGACAUUCCGGACGAUCAGUGAGUUAGAGCAAAGGCGGUGUUUAUUCUUAUUUGUGCAUGGUACAAUAUAUAUUUUUGCUUCGAUAAUAAUAAUGAUGGUUUACACAACUCAUUACAAUUAUAUUACUUUUUUCUGAUUUAUUGGUUUGUUAAUUCAUUUGAUGAAUCGAAACUAGGUAAAUGUUUAAACUCAUGAGUAUUGGUUAUGGGAUUCAGGCCUAUUUCUCCUGGGUAUACUUACCAGGUGAUGCUUGCUCCCUUCUUCACUCACAUUUUCAUCACACGAGUUCUAUGUAAGAUGUUAGCCUCGUUUUAGUCUUAUGAUAUGUUUCGAUGAUGAUUAAAGUGAAUCAAGGAGAUAUUUCCUGAUUUGUUUAGGAUAAUUUGAUGUUCGCAGUUUUUCGAACCUCAUAUAACUGAGAACUUUAAACUUGAAUUAAUUUAAUGUGAUUAAUUUUUUUCUCUGAAGAAACAACUUACUCUAAAUUGUAAAAAGUCAGAAAUUUCAUUGUUACUCAUUAGGACCUUCAAAUAUAUUAUUAUUUCUGUUAUUAACAAUCUUCCAGGUACUCAUUUUUUUUCAUUUAUCAAUCCAAACCUUAGUAAUAAUAAUUACAAUUAGCGAUACUUCUUACUUACUACUAAAACCAGUAUUCUAUAAUUACGUACUUUAUUAUAACUUUAAUCGUAUACAAAAUUUAAACACAUCGUAAAGUUAAAUAGUGUCAGUAGAUUUUUUAUUUCGAUUUUCAAUGUAGCCAACAAUGAGCAAGUUGGUGUAAGCUUUAAGCAAAAGCAGUCAUCCAGUACUUUAUAGUCUUUCAAUAGCUAGCUGCCAAACUGACUCAUUAUGUAUGUUCUCUUGUAUUGGUCGUUGGGUUAAUCCGUUUAGAUAUUUUUACUUUGUGUUUUCUAUAUAACGUCAGCUGGUUUGUUUUUUAAUUAAUACAAAUAUCACUUAGCUGUUUCGUUCCUUAAGAAUCAAGCUUACAAUUAGUGUAUCUAGACGAAUCGAACUCGCAGUAUCAUAUUUUUCAAAUCUCUAAAAUAUGCCUGUUGCCUUCGGAUCCACGGGUAGCCUCAAUGAGUAAGAGAGUUUUUUAUGGUUCAGGAAAUCAACUCAUAUCUUGUGGUAUUUAAUUUUUGCUGAAUAGGAUUACCGGCAUGAUAUUAUGAGGUAAUUUUUACGGUGAGCUGUGUUCUGAAAAUAUCAGGACGAAUAAUUAAUUCAGUUAUCAUUCUUUUAAGAUACAUUGUUAGCGUGUUUUUUUUGUAUAUAUUUCAGCAUCGAAGACAAUCAGGAAACGUAGAAGGAAUGUUAUAAUUUGAAGAAUACUCACCAUUUAACAAACUUUAUUAUCUGGUCGUCGUUUUCUUCUAUUAUACAUACUCAGCGUGGGGCUUCCAUUUUUUUUGAAAACAUAUUUGAUCCUUUCCACACCUUUUAUUUGUUAUGUGAUUGUUAACAGGUUUUUUAAAAUAUUUUAUCCUCUGUGAUUUACAUAAAAAUUAUUCAAACAAUAUUUGAGUCUUUUUUUCGCACUUAUCCAUUCAUACGUAGUAUACACACGCACACUAAGUCUUACUUAUUGUACCAACUACUAUACAUUUAUUGUCCUUUACAUAUUAUUUUAUGCUUAUUAUGAUUACUGUUUUUUCUCUAAAUAUUUUUUCUAUUGUUUCAUUCCACUUUUUUGUCACGCUAGCGUUGAUGAUUUACUCAUGCAUACAUAUCAUUCUUAUAUAUAUGGAAAAUUAUUAUCCGUUUUUAAUUUCUCUACAUUUGUUAUUUGUACAUGGUUUUUUUUAAACCCAACAUACCAUACAUUCAUUUAUCUAGUAGAUUGUUCUCAAGACUUAAUUAUAUACAUGCGGCGUAAUUUUUGUAGCUCCUUAUUAUGAAUUCUUAACCCUCCGGACACUACACAUCUGUUUAAUUUAACGAUAUACUUUAACAAUAAAAGAAUUACUUACUUACUUCCUUACGCC